AUGGGACUACAGAUAGUCUCCGAGAUCUACUCAGACAUGAGUUCUCCUAAAUUCAGCACAACACAGAUAGCCAGGGCUGUCACAUGCCUCGGGACGCAACAUUUCGCUCCCCCAUGCCUGUGGGGCUCUGCCGGCCGCAGCCACCUGCCCAGGCCCCGCCGAGCAGGGCGGGCAGGGCGCAGGGCAGCACCUGCGCCAGGGGCCGGGCCGCCGCCGGCCGCCUCCGCCUCCCCGCCGCCGGAGGACGGCCCUGGCCGGGAGCCGGAGCUCGGCGCUGCCCUCAGGAAGUUAUUUCAGAAAGAAAAAAUACAUGUAGACAAGAUGCCUCAUGAUGGGAGACGAUACCAAGAUAAGCAGCGCAGGCACCAUGAGGAUCAUGGAUCUGAUAGAUAUGAGGAAGACAGAAGAACAAGAAAGCAAUACCCAUACAAUGGAAGGUCAGCAAGAGAUAUCCGAGGUGGCCAGCACUCAAGGGCUUCCACUGUUUGCUCAGACUCAUACUCUAAAACUUCAGGAGCAUCACGGGAAUAUUUUGGCCCGCCGCCUCAGUAUUAUCCUCCCAAGGAAACCUUCUCAAUGAAGUGUUCAAAGGUAUGCACAACAAGAGGCAUUCUGAAGUUCGUGGAAAUCACAGUUAACCUCCUGGUUCUGAUUUGCGUGGGCGCUGCCCAGGCCUCUGUUGCAGGCUUCACUUCCCUCGGCGGUUUGGGUCUCGGCUCCUUUAACCUGAACUCAGCCUACAGCCCCUUCGAGGGAACGGAGCUCCAGGAGGUGAGAGAGCUCGACAUGCAGAUCACCCAGAUGAGAGCCCCGUGCGUCUACGGCGGGGUAGCCUUCAGCUUAACAGCAGCAGCACUUACGCUCGUCUUCCUUGUUGUGGGGGUGAAGCCCAUCCACCGCCUCAAACUGGGGCUGCUCGCUGGCGAAUGUGCCUUCAACCUCCUGGCUGGCACGGGCUACAUCGCCGCAGUCGGCCUCUACUUGCAUUUUGUCAGCCAGGUGAACUCCACGGAAACCUGCAAGAGGCGCGAGAGGCUGUACGCGCGCCGCGGCUAUACCUCCAUGAACUGCGUGGUCCAGGGUGGCGACGCAGCCGUCGGCCUCUUUGGCGUUGCUGCUGCCUGUUUGUACUUCGCUAGCUUUGUGGUCUGCAUCCUUGCUAUUCGAACUGUCCGGGCCUUCCGGAGCCACGCGGCCAAGGCUCAGUACAGCCCCAAUAGCAGCGUUAGAGACAGAAAUAUCAGAAAUGACCACGCCGUCCACAGGACCCCUGAGAGCUCCCGCAACUUCCAGGCUCUUGCCACGUUAGUCUGA